GUGAUGUAUGUUAUACGUACGGAUGUUUGAUUUUUUUUGUUAUUUAUAUACUCGCCUAUAAAGGUUUAUAUAUAUAGACACAAGUUAUUGUAAUUAUUGUAAUUGUAUGGUGUUUUUUUUUUUUUUGUAGUCAGGUACAUUUUUUAGAGCGAGGAUUAUUUUUAUGUUUUUCAAAUGUAAUUAUUAAAUCAAUUUAUAUUUAAAACUCUUAUUAAUAUGGCUAACGAACACCUUUCUGUCAAGCGUACGUUCAUUAUACAUACCCGUCGGUACAUUUUACGAACGUUUACAACGAUGUCAUUACCCGCAAACGUACGGGUUUUGAAUAAGGGAUGGCACACGAAAUUAUUUAUCGAAGUGAGUAAUCCUCAUACGAUUAUUGUUUUUGUUUUUACAAUAAACACUAAAUAAUAAUAAAAGUGUAGAGUCGUUUUCGUAAUGAUACUUUCUACAAAACAACAUUUAAAAAUCGCAAACGCGCUUAACAUCUGUGCAGUGGCGUACCCAGGAUUUUCAGUGAUAGGCAGGGGACUAGACAUUGCGAAUGGAGAUGUAAACUUUGUACUAUAGUAUUAAUGCACCAUGAGAUUAUUUUGCAAAGUACCUAUAUAAUAAUAUUGCGGUCGGUACCAUAUUCCUUGUACUUUUAGAUUCUGAGCGAAGCGAUGAAUGUAUUGGUUUCACAAUGAUGCUUUUUUUUUCUCUAUAUUGUGUACGAAAAUUCUUGCUCCGAUUUUCAAACGUAGCACCUUUCCUGAAAGAAAAUUUUCCUUGGGUGGUAUUUUAUAUUAUUAUUGUUUGAAUAAGUUAUUUCAUUUAAAAUAAUCGUAUACAGGGCAUAUAAUUUAUUUGAAUUCACCUAAAUCCAGUAAAAACUAAAAAAAAUAUUAUUUAUAAGUACCUAGGUAAUUGGUUAAAAUAGGCAUCUUGUUCCUCCAAAUAAAUAAAUAAAGUCAAAGUUAACGGUUCUUAAAAUUAAUGUAGUGUCGUUUUAAUUAGCUAUUAGUUCCUAUUAAUUACAGUAUACUUUUUUAAGGCUUCAAAAAAACUGAAAACGAUCCAUACCAUUUGGAAAAAUAAAAGAUACGAUAUUUCGCAGAAUUUGAAACGUAAAAAACAAUUAGAAUUAAAAAUGCUCGCCGAAUAUCUUUUUAAAGGUACCAAAAUCAUUAUAGAAUUGUAUACAGGACGGUUAUUUUAUGAUGAUCCAGCGGUUUUAAGUACCUAAAUUUGAUUCGUGUGGUUUUUUUUUUAAUUUUUAUUUUAACACUGUUUUCAAAUUUUCAUCCAUACGCCAUACGUGAAUACAUCCAAUGAGUAGGUAAUAAAUACCAACAAAUCAUUUUCAAAUGUAAAUCCCUUCCACCUACAACCUUAAGCACGGUUUCGUGAAAAAAAAAAUACAUAACACUGAUAUUGAAUACAUCGUUCAUGAGAAGAGAAUUUUAAACCGGAGGAGGAAAGUGCAAUAAAAAUUAAUCGUAUGGUAAUGGAUCAUGAUAAAAUAAUCAACCGGUAUAUUAUUUUGAAAAAAAUUCUUCGGCGAUUCAAAUGAAGUUAAAUAAUUCUAUUAUAAAUUUCAGAUAAAAAAAGUAAUUAUGAAUGCAUUACACGUUGUUUAUUUUCAAACGAACGACUGAAUUCUGUAGAGAAGUAUCUGAAAAUAUCGUUCAUGCGCACUAUAAAUGAAAAAUAUGUCGUAAGAAUUAUUAUAUUUUAUUAUAAUUAUCACUGUGAAAAUAAACGUAUAAUACAAUAUGAAACGGCGAACACUGACGAGAACGAAAAAUGAAAAUUAUGUUGUUGCAAGUCGAUACCUAUUUUUUUUUUUUAUUAUUAUUAUAGUACGGCGUCAAAGUGGUGAAAUUCGACCGGAAAGGAUACAAACGAAGAACCAGACUUUUAAUAUUGACAAAUAAAACGUUGUUCUUGAAACAGAUACACAAAAACAAAUUAAAGCCCAAGGAAAAGAUACCGCUGGAUUUUAUUAAAAAAUUAGAAGUCACUGCUGGAAAAGAUAACUUUUUACUCAUCAGAAUUUCUCCGCAAUUCAAACACAACAAAGUACAUUAUAUAAUUUAUACGCUACGUCUAUUUAAACUAAAUUACGCAAUUUAUAAUAUAUUAUGUAAUAAUGUAAUAAUAUCAUGUAUUCUGCAAUAUUUGUGUGCAUUCAUUUAUGACUGAUAGAUACUCGAAAGAAAAAAAACAAAUAAUGUUAUAAUAUAAAUUUAGGUUAAUAAACAAUAAUAUAUAUCUAAUUUCUUUACAGGGCGAUUUGAUAUUGGAAAUCCCGUUUUUAAUAGAAUUUGUUACAAAAUUUAUUAACAUAUCGAAAAACAGCAAACUGUUAAAUAUAAAUACACUGAGCGUUAAUCAAAAGUAAGUGUAUACCUGCUUACUAUACUGGCUGCAACACGAAAAUAUGAAACCUGAAGUACCCAACUUUUGUUCUGUUAAAUAUUUUUAUGUUAUUAUUCUUUGAAUAAUAUUAGUAGAACUGGAGCCUUGUGCUAUGAUUUCUUUAUUAAAUAUGUUUUUUUUAAAAAUUAAAAUUAAAAAUGUUUUUAUAAAAUUCAAGAUAACCGUUUAGUAAAUACAUUUUGAUAUAACAUUUUGGUGUUACAAAUAUUUACUAAUAAUGAAUAAGUAAGUAGUUAGGUAUUUAAUUAUUUAAUAUAAUUUUUUUGAAUUUUACAAUAAUUUAAAUUGUUUUCAUUACUACUUAAUAAUAUCAAUUGAUUUACUAAUUUUUCUAUAAAAAAAAAUCUUGAUAAUCAUUUUUGUAAACUUCAAAAAAUUGUAGAGCAUUAGAACCUUAACGAUUUAUCAUUAGUAAAUAUUUACAACAUGAAAAUUUUAUUUCAAUGAAUAUUUAUUAAAAUGCUAUAUUUGAUUUUGUAAGAACAAUUUUUGAACAAAUUUAAAAUUAAAUAAUAAAUAGAGGAAUCAUAAUGAAUGACUCUUGAACUUAGGUACCUAUUGCAUGAACUAAAAACUUAAAAAUAUUGAACAGAAUAAAAGUUAUAGCAGCUGUCAGAUCUUCAUGUUACACUUUACUGUAGGUACCUAAUUUAAUAUGCCUUUGGAUAUAAUUAUAUUGUUAACAUUUAAAUAGAUACUAUUUUAAUAUAAAUGUAUAUUAACAUUCAAAACAUCUAAUUUUUCGUUAUCUGGGAAAGUAUUCACAUGUUACUCACUAUCUAAUUAAAAUUAUCUAUUUAAAUUAAACCACUAGCUUAGGGAGUCAUAUAAUCCUAUCGCUAUAAUCUUAAGACAAACUAAACCAACCAUUAAUAUAUAAAGGAAACAAAAUAGAACAAGUGGAAAAAGAAAUAAGAAGCAGUAUAGGUCAAGCAAAGAAGGCAUUUAUACCAAAGAAUAAAUUAUUAACAUCAAAGAAUGUAGGUUUAGAAACAAUAAAACAUAUGUAUGGAGCACAUAACAACUGUUCAUGAUUACUAUUUUUUCUUUAUUUUUUAUGUAACUAUUUUAUCAUUUAUAUUUGUCUCUAAGUAUUUUAAAUGAAUAUGUUAAUGUAUUUACUUGUAAAUCAUUCCCAUCAUUCUAUAAUAUAUACAUUAAGUCUGAAUACCUAAAUAAAACUAAAAAAUAUAAAAUUGGUUUUACCUAUGCUAUUUAAAAAUCCAAAAAUGUAAUAAAUAUUAAACAUAGGUAUCUAAGAAUAUGAUAUAUUUUAAAAAGUCACUUAAAAAUUGGGAAGCACCUAUUCUUACAAAAUCUAUGGGAAAUUUACCAAUAUUAUUAGGAUCUUAUAUUAGAUAAUCAUCUAAUAUAAAUAUAUAAAUACUAUAAGGACUCACAAAAAAUAAUAUUACUAUUCAUCUGUUGUUUUUAGGUUAUUACAUGAAAUAAAAGGUUCCAAAAGUGGAGUGAUAGAAUUGAAAGACAACUCUACACCCAGUAUUACCAAAGGUAAAAACAAGAAUUUGAUCGUUUGUGGCUAAAAAAUUAUACCUAUCACCCAACUGGUAUUAUAUGUAGUUUUAUCAUAAACAUUGUCAAGUUAUGUAAAUAAUUUUAUUCUCGUUCAUUAUAUUGGUAUUAAUUAAGAAUUUAAAAUUGUUAAUAAAAUAUAUUUACAGUAUCCUAGAUACCUGUAAUGAUAGUAUUUUAGAAUAUGAGGAAUUAUUAUAUUAGAUACAAUUAUUACAGUUAGUUUAUAUUUUGUAUAUUAUGUUUAUUUUAGAUUUUGAACGAAACAAUGAUUAUAUUGGUUUUUAUGUGUGCUUUUUUGUUCUUGUCUGUAAAUAACUUUUCUACCAGAAACCUUGCUUUAAUCUAAUUCUUUAUAAGAACUUUCUU